GACAGCUUUCUCCGUGGUAAGUGGGUAUGUUUAGGGAGUGGAACUGGUGAUAGGAAAUCAGCGUGGCUCGCGUCGCCAUUGCGUGUUAUAACUUGUUCCAGUGUGUGUGUUGCACCCUCGCCAUAUGUGCACGGUGUGAGCCUAGGAGUGUGUAUGUGCACGGUGUGAGCCGAGGAGUGCGUGCAUGUGCACGGUGUGAGCCUUGAAGUGUGUGUGCAUGGUUUGAGCAUCAGUGUGUGUGUGCGCGCGCGCACGGUGUCAGUCUGCGUGCAUUGUGUGAAUAUCUGUGUGUGUGCGUGCAUAUGUAUGUUUGUGUGUGUGUGUGUGCGCAUCAGAGUGUGCGUGUACGUUUGUGUGUGUGCACGGUGUGAGCAUCAGAGUGUGUGUUUGCAUGGUUUGAAUCUUGGUGUGCGUGUCUGCGGAGUGAAGCAGGGUUCAAUCAGCGCCCGUUCCUCCGAUGGUCAUACGGCCGCAGACUGACAGCCGCCUGGCCGCUGCCAACCUGCCUCCGGAGGAUUGGAGCCACUCUCCGGCGGCCGCGCCUCCUGUUCGGAUUCACAGCCAGAAAGCAGCUUAAAAUGAGGAAGCGCUUUUUACAAGAGACUGAAAAACGAGCGAGGCCUCGGCGGCUAUAGGCCGGGGAGUGAGCGCUGCCGCAUGGAUAAGCAGCCGGGACUGAAGCGGGACUGGACGAGAGCGGCGCGGGCUGCGGGUCCGUGUUUCCACGGGGAAACGCUCUAACCCCAGGACAGCGUCUCUUCAUGGGGCUUAGGUCGCCAGCGCCACUUUAUUCUUUUUAAUUUAUUUUAUAUGUCCAUGAUUUUUAAAAUUAUUUUUAUUUUUGCUGAAUUUUGAUCUGGAUCCAGCGUGUAUUUUGUUCAAUGGAAGUAUGUUACCAGCUGCCGGUGCUGCCCCUGGACAGGCCGGUCCCGAAGCACGUCCUCAGCCGGAGGGGGGCCAUCAGCUUCAGCUCCAGUUCGGCUCUCUUCGGUGCCCCCGAUCCCCGGCAGCUGUCACAGAGACGUGGGGCGAUCUCGUACGACAGCUCUGAUCAGACGGCGCUCUACAUCCGUAUGCUAGGGGCUUGUGUAAUAUUCAGACAGCUGUUUACAAGACCUUGUUGUUGGUGCCCUCUAGGAGAUGUGAGAGUGAGGAGCUGCAUCAGCCUCGAACCUGAGCGAAGGGGCUCUCACCCGUACCUGUGUGUUGAUUUCCGAAUUUUGCACUCCCGGCACGAUCCCGCCGCUCCUGCUUCUGCCUACAGUGUCCGGCGGCUGCUCAGCUUCCAGCGGUACCUGCACUCCUCCCGCCGCCUCCGCUGUGGCAGCGCCCCCCCUCACAUCCUUGACGAUGACUACGUGGGCCAAGCAAAGUGUAUGCUACAGAGAACUGGGAGCUGGAAUUUCGACAUUUUCCUCUUUGACAGAUUAACAAAUGGAAACAGCCUCGUCACCCUGACAUUUCAUUUAUUUCAUCAUUAUGGACUAAUUGAGCUCUUCCAAUUAGACAUGGUAAAACUUCGUAGAUUUUUAGUUAUGGUUCAGGAGGACUACCACAGCCAGAACCCCUACCACAAUGCUCUUCAUGCUGCUGACGUAACCCAGGCUAUGUACUGUUACCUGCAGGAGCCCAAGCUCUCAACGUCCCUCUCUGCCUGUGACAUCUUGCUGGGUCUCCUGGCAGCUGCCACUCACGACCUGGACCAUCCAGGAGUCAACCAGCCUUUCCUCAUCAAAACCAACCACCACUUAGCCGCAUUAUACAAGAAUACCUCAGUUCUGGAGAAUCAUCACUGGAGGUCUGCAGUCGGCCUACUCCGCGAGUCUGGGCUGUUUUCACACCUGCCUGCUGAAGAUGGACUGAACAUGGAGAAACAGCUGGGAUCCCUGAUCCUGGCCACAGAUAUCAGCAGACAGAAUGAGUACCUAACGAAGUUCAGGGAGCACUUGGAGAAGGACGACCUGUGCAUGGCUAACUCCAGCCACCGGCACUUUGUCCUGCAGAUGGCUCUCAAGUGUGCCGACAUCUGCAACCCCUGCAGACCGUGGGAACUGAGCAAACAGUGGAGCGAGAAGGUGACUGAGGAGUUCUUCCAUCAAGGUGAGAUUGAAAAGAGACACAGCCUGGAAGUCAGCCCCCUGUGCGACAGCCAGACCAACACCGUCGGCAGUAUUCAGACGGGCUUCAUGACGUACGUGGUGGAGCCGCUGUUCGCUGAGUGGGCCCGCUUCUCUGACACGCGCCUCUCCCGGACCAUGCUGGGAUACCUGGCCCUGAACAAGGCCGGCUGGAGCGGUGCGCUCCAGGAGCUGGGGGGGGGCCUGGAUGAGGGUACCGAGGCGUCCGCCGAAGAGCCCGACUCCACAGCAUUACCUCAGGGAAGUCAAAGGUCAUGACCCCCCCCAGAGCAGAGGGAGAGGGGGUGAGGGAUUAUACUGUUCUUGCUGCAGACAGCCCGUGGCCCCCCCUGUUUGAGUUGCACAUCUCCCACCCUGACAAACCACUGAUUUGAGGAAAAAAAAUUAACCCAUUAUUUUCUGAACAUAGAGCAAUACAUAGAUACCUCAUCUCACUUCCGCUGUGCCCUCAGUCAGCUUGUUUUAUUUAUUUAUUUGGUUUUGUUCCUUCAUGCUGUUCUGGCCUGACUAAUCUCACACGCUGAAAUUUAAUGGAGACCGAGAGGAAAUUUCUGUAGCGAAAGUGCCAUUUUAUUUUUAAUUGCUUUUGGAGGUGGUUUUGAAAAGUAUUCAGAGAAAAGGCUCACAGAGGUUUGAAGGAAUCUGCUGAUGCUUUUUAAACAAAGGGCCCAAUCUUUCUGCUGCCUCUGACUGUUUACAGUGUGUGUGUGUGUGUGUAUGUGUGCGUGCGAGAGAAACGUGAUAAAAAGGGAUCAUGCCUUUAUGCACAAGCCCACAGAACCACUAGGGAACUCUGACCCACGGAGAUGGAACAAACCGCAGAUCGCAGCUCCGACACGACAGCCAGUGGGACAGCGUCUCUGUGACGAAGCGCCAUGAUGACAGAGCCCGGGGGGUGAGGUUAUGGGAGAACGCGUAUGGGACCCCCACUAGCUGAAAACAGGCGUUUCUCAGGGACGUUUGCUUGUGGAUGUGACCUUUGACCUGGGCUGCUUUUGGAGCCGGUGACCGAAGGCACCAGAAGCUCACCGCGAAUGUGUGCGAUGACACGGUGACGCCAUGGCACAGCCACGACCGCCCUAACUAUGCACAAAGCUAAGUGACCAAACUAGCGCCUAACUUCACGACGUGCAUCUCGACUCUUAACCGUCUUCUCGUGAGCCUUCGUUGUGGAGCAGCAAACAUUCCAUAUGGCCAUCCGGUACCGUUGGUUCUGUACAGUAAUGCGGCGUUCUGGGUCUCUACUUGGUCUUUCACAUAACUGGUGCUUUAUUUCAUUUCAGCUAAUUUGUAUUUUUUUUCCCCUCUUAAGUGCUGUAAGACUGUUUUGAUGAAACUGUUUACAAUUUGUUGUUACAGCCAUUCGGGGGGG